GUCAUCAUGGUCCUAGAGCCGUCCCCCACCCUGCAGACAGUCAACAGCUAUCACCGUCUCACAGUAAAUGCAGUCGUGUACCGAGGCGCCAGGUAUUAAUGUAUAUAUACAGAUAUAAAGAUGGCCUCUCCUCAGCCUGGCAGCCCACCUCUUGCAGAGCAGUACACCCCUCCUGCACAGGACAAAGGGAGCCAACAAGAAGAAGAGCUGGUGAUGGAUCAGCCUGCAAAAAAACGUGGCAGAGGCAGACCUCCAAAAGCCAAAGCUUCCUUCAAAUGCUCUGCAUGCACAGAGGCUUUCAGGAGUCUGUCAGCUCUGCAGAGCCACAAGCUUUCGGCACAUGCAAAGGACCGUCAGCAACAGCACUCAUGUUCUCAGUGUACUAAAACAUUCUCGAGCAAGGCUCAACUCUCAAAGCACGAGCGCACUCACUCAGCCCAGCGCCCCUUUCAGUGUCCCGACUGUCACAAGGCUUACAAGACACCCACAGAGCUACGCAACCAUAGCCGCUCUCACACUGGGGAGAAACCAUUUGUAUGCACAGAGUGUGGUAAGGCCUUUAUGCAAGCUAUAUGCCUGAGGAUCCAUAUGACACAGCACAGUGGAGAGCGUCCUUACUCUUGCCGUCAGUGCUCUAAGAGCUACCCCACCCUGUCUAAACUGAAGGUGCACUUGCGCUCUCAUACGGGAGAAAAGCCAUACUUCUGUGCUGAGUGUGGUAAGAGUUUUGCGGAUCCCUCUGUGUUCCGAAAACACAGAAGGAACCAUCAAGGCCAUCGGCCGUACGCUUGCGAUGAAUGUGGGAAAACGUACACAGAGCUGAAGGACCUGAAAAACCAUGAGCGCUCCCACACUGGAGAAAAGCCAUAUCUGUGCUCAGACUGUGGCAAAGCCUUCUCCCGCUCCUCCUCCCUGGCCUGCCAUCAGCGCAUUCACUCCCAGAACAAACCCUAUCAGUGCGAGCAGUGUGGUAAAGGCUUCACCCAGCUCUCCUCUUACCAGUCUCAUCUCCGCACUCACUCUGGCGAGAAGCCUUUCCUCUGCCCACAGUGUGGCAAGAUGUUUUCUGACCCCUCCAGUUUCCGGCGCCACCAGCGAGCGCACUUGGGUUUCAAGCCUUACCCCUGCGAUAAGUGUUCCAAGAGGUUCCGGCAGCCAGCUGAUCUGGCCGUGCAUGAGCGUGUUCACUCUGGAGAGCGGCCUUACAAAUGCCAGAGUUGUGACAAGGCCUUUGUAGCAUCCUGGGAUCUGCGGCGCCACAUGCUUGUCCACACAGGUCUUAGGCCCUUUUCUUGCACUGAGUGUGACAAGUCAUUUGCUGAGCGCUCCAGCCUCAACAAGCACCGACGUGUGCACUCUGGAGAAAGGCCUUUCAAAUGUGAGGAGUGUUUGAAGUCUUUUGUGGUGUCCUCAAGCCUUCGCAAACAUGAGAGAACUCACCUUGCUGAGCAGUCUGAACAGCAGCAGCAGCAGCAGCAACAACAACAACAACAACCGGAGACAGAGGCCGGGUCAGCCUCAGGCUUUACUGCCCACACAACUCUUCCGCAGUUCUCCUGUACUCACUGUGAUGCUACAUUUGGAAGCUGGGAUGAAGUUCAGGCACAUGAAAAUCUUCACUCCAUCGACUCCACUCCUCUGACUGUUACCAAAAUCGUAUCCAUGGGCUCACAUGUCUGUGAAACCUGCCAGGCAGAGUUUGCACAGCUGGCAGACUUGCAGGAGCAUGAGAAGCAGCACCCCAAGCCGAGACCUCAUGCUUGCAACAGUUGCGGCAAAGGCUUCCUCAACAAAUCUGGACUGCGUAAACACCAGAAGAUCCACUCCACCAGCAAACCUCACAGCUGCCCCCACUGUGGCAAAGCUUUCCUGUUUGCUGCCUACCUUCGCAAGCACUUACGGACUCAUGCAGACGCUGCCCCGACCACCACACAACUCAGUGAUAUAAACAUUAUUCAUACUGACCCACUUCCCUCUCCUCCACCCCCCAGUGAGGUUUCCUCCUCCACUGUUGAACCCAGUGCCAUAUCCCUAACAGUUCCAGUGACUGUACCUGUGACUGCUUUUCAGACUCUGCCAGAGUACUUAAUCAAAGAAGAGGGACUUUGAGCUUUUUCUUUUUUACUGUUUUGGAAUUUUUAUUCCACAAAUAUUUAGCUAGUGGCCUUAAAUCUAUUUAGAUGAUGGGUAUAAUGCAGUGUUAUUUUUCAAGAAAACUUUUUUUCAAAAAGCUCAAAAUAGUCUCCUUCAUGUAAAUUAUCAGCGCUUUGUCACUGUUUUGCAUUGCCAUUGUAUUUGACAGAUGUAACGUAUAAUGUUCAUGUUUUAAAAUAUAUACUGUACUAUAAGUAGCCUACUAUGACAUUAUCUUAUCUGCUGUAAUAUCUGUUGUAAUCUUCAUACAAAUGUGGUGUUGCAAACAUGUAUGCUGAUCACUUAAGAUGUUGUAAUUUCAGGUAUGUCUUUUAUAAUGCUUUUUAAAUUACAGCCUGUCUUAAAAUCUUUGAAUUUACAACAAUUUGUACCUGUUUUACUGUGUAUUUAUCAGUAUCAUCUAAUAUGGUGUUAUAACAUUGUUGAGUAAAAAGUGGCAUUCCAAAAUGUUCAAUCAGAUGAAUUACAUUUUAUACCAAUAAUAAAACGUGUAAUGUGUAAAAAGUAGUAAUGUG